CGCGCAGCGCCCGGGCGCCGCGAGCGAGCGGGGGGCGGGCGGCAGGGAGAUGGCGGCGGCCGCCUGGGGCCGCGCAGCGACGCCGGCAGCCGGCGGGCGAGCCACGGGCGGCAGCGAGAAGCCGCAGCGGGGGGCCCCGCAGCCGGCACGGCCGCGCUCGGAGCAGUGACCGCCCGCAGCUGACGGGCGCCGCCGCCGCCGCCGCUGCCCCCCGCCUAGGCCAGAGGCCGCCGCGCCCCGCAGGCCCCCGCCGCCGCCGCCGCCGCCAUGUAUUUCCUCAGCGGCUGGCCCCGGCGGCUGCUGUGCCCGCUGCAGGGCCCCGAGCCGCCCGUCCACAUCCGCACCGACCCGCAGAGAGCCCUCUUCGCCGUGCUGGCCCCGUCCCAGCUCAGCGUCUGGUACUGCCGGCCCAGUGUAUUAAUUGUGAGUUACAAGGAACUGUCAAAAGCAGCUUCUCAGUUUGGACCGUACAAACAAGCAGAAUGGCGGCCUGACAGCACUAUGAUAGCUGUUUCAACUGCAAAGGGAUACAUCUUGUUUUUUGAAAUCCCAUCAGCAAGAGACAAGUAUCUUUAUGAGCCAAUGUAUCCGAAAGGAAGUCCACAUCUGAAGGGAACACCACAUUAUAAAGAAGAGCAAUGUGCUCCUUCUUUAAGUCUAGAAAUGAAGAAAGUGCUGGAUCUGCAAGCUUCUAUCACAAGUUUGCAGUCCAUGUUAGAGGAUCUACUUGUUGCUACUGCUGAUGGAUUUCUCCAUCUUGUUCACUGGGAUGGUAUGACCAAUGGAAGGAAGGCCAUCAACCUGUGCACAGUUCCAUUUUCUGUGGAUCUGCAGUCUUCUCGAGCAGGUUCAUUUUUGGGCUUUGAAGAUGUUUACAUCAGAGAUAUGGAAUACUGUGCCACACUUGAUGGUUUUGCUGUUGUUUUUAAUGAUGGCAGAGUUGGUUUCAUUACACCAAUGUCAAGUAGAUUCACUGCUGAGCAGCUCCAUGGUGUUUGGGCACAAGAUGUGAUUGAUGGAACUUGUGUGGCAGUGAAUAACAAAUACAGACUAAUGGCAUUUGGAUGUGCUAAUGGCUCUGUGCAGGUUUAUACAAUAGAUACCACCACUGGAGCCAUGCAGUUUUCUCAUAAAUUGGAGCUGACACCAAAACAAUAUCCUGAUAUUUGGAAUAAAACAGGACCUGUUAAACUAAUCAGAUGGUCACCUGAUAGCUGUGUUGUUAUGGUGACCUGGGAAUGUGGAGGCUUGUCCUUAUGGAGUGUUUUUGGUGCUCAGCUUAUCUGUACUUUAGGAGGUGAUUUUGCGUAUCAGUCUGAUGGUACUAAAAAGGACCCUCUAAAGAUCAGUUCUAUGACCUGGGGUUCAGAAGGAUAUCAUCUGUGGGUCAUUGAGGGGAAUUCUUCUCAAAACACUAAGCCUGACAGAGAUGCAAAAAAUGAACCUCAACAGUUUGGUAUUCUGCAGUUUCAUUUCAUCAAGAGUGCACUCACUGUUAAUCCUUGCAUGAGUAACCAGGAACAAGUCCUUCUGCAAGGAGAAGAUCGCUUGUAUUUGAACUGUGGUGAUGCAACACAGGCCCAGAACCCCAGAAAUACUUCAGCACACUCUGAACACAAGCCUACCAGGGAAAGAGGUCCAUUUUCAGAUGGCAAUUUAGAUUCUCAGGGUUUAAGCACUUUACUAGGACACCGGCAUUGGCAUGUCGUACAGAUACAUAGUACUUACCUAGAGAGCAACUGGCCUAUAAGGUUUUCAGCUAUUGACAAGCUUGGGCAGAAUGUAGCUGUUGUUGGCAAGUUUGGUUUUGCACAUUAUUCUUUACUCACCAAAAAAUGGAAGCUGUUUGGAAACAUUACCCAGGAGCAAAAUAUGAUCGUAACAGGAGGCUUAGCGUGGUGGAAUGACUUCAUUGUUCUUGCAUGUUAUAAUUUAAAUGAUCAUCAGGAAGAGCUGAGAAUCUACCUGCGAACAUCUAAUCUUGACAAUGCAUUUGCACACAUCACCAAAGUGCAAGCAAACACGUUACUACUGAGUGUCUUCCGGGACAUCGUAAUAUUGUUCAGAGCAGAUUGUUCCAUUUGCCUUUACAGUAUUGAGAGAAGGCCUGAAGGUCUUAACCCUACUGCCAGUGUCCAGGUUCUUCAAGAAGUGUCCAUGUCUCGAUACAUCCCCCAUCCUUUUCUUGUAGUGUCUGUUACGUUGACAUCGGUGAGGACAGAGACUGGCAUCAGCUUGAAGAUGCCUCAGCAGGCUUGUGAGGCUGAAAGUAUUAUGCUAAACUUAGCAGGACAGCUCAUCAUGUUGCAACGGGAUCGAUCUGGACCCCAGAUACGGGAUAAGGAUAAUAAUCCUAAUCAAAGGAAGCAUCUGCCUUUCUGUGCUCCAGUUGUUCUAGCCCAGUCUGUUGAAAAUGUGUGGACUACUUGCAGGAUCAACAAACAGAAACGCCACUUAUUGGAAGCUCUUUGGCUCAGCUGUGGUGGGGCAGGUAUGAAAGUCUGGCUUCCCCUGUUUCCCAGAGAUCAUCGAAAACCACAUUCCUUUCUGUCAAGACGGAUCAUGCUGCCUUUCCACAUCAACAUAUACCCACUGGCUGUUUUGUUUGAAGAUGCCUUGGUUCUUGGUGCUGUUAAUGACACUGUGCUCUAUGACUGUUUAUACACUCAAACCAGUGCUAGAGAACAUUUAGAGGUUCUUUUUCCUUUCUCCAUUGUUGAGAGAACCUCUCAGAUCUACCUCCAUCACAUUUUACGCCAGCUGUUGGUUAGGAACCUUGGUGAACAAGCCUUGCUUUUGGCUCACUCCUGUGCCACAUUACCAUACUUCCCUCAUGUACUAGAACUGAUGCUUCAUGAAGUGCUGGAAGAAGAAGCUACCUCGCGGGAACCCAUUCCCGACCCUCUGCUUCCCACUGUGGCGAAGUUCAUUACAGAGUUCCCCCUCUUCCUGCAGACAGUAGUCCAUUGUGCUAGGAAGACAGAGUAUGCCCUGUGGAAUUACCUUUUUGCUGCUGUUGGAAACCCAAAGGACUUAUUUGAAGAGUGCUUAAUGGCCCAGGACUUGGACACAGCUGCCUCUUAUCUUAUUAUCCUACAGAAUAUGGAAGUUCCAGCAGUUAGCAGACAACAUGCUACUCUCCUGUUUAACACUGCCUUAGAGCAGGGAAAGUGGGAUCUUUGUCGUCAUAUGAUCAGAUUUCUUAAAGCCAUUGGAUCUGGAGAAACAGAGACACCUCCAGCUACACCAACAACUCAGGAACCCAGUUCAAGUAGUGGCUUUGAAUUCUUCAGACAUCGCAGCAUUAGUUUAUCCCAAUCAGCAGAGAAUCUCCACAGCAAAUUUAACUUGACGAAAACACUGAGUAUGCCCUCUGGCCCAUCUGGAAAAAGGUGGAGUAAAGACAGUGACUGUGCUGAGAACAUGUACAUUGACAUGAUGCUCUGGCGGCAUGCUCGGCGUCUGCUAGAAGAAAUCAAGCUGAAAGACCUUGGUUGUUUUGCUGCACAGCUGGGCUUUGAGCUGAUUGGCUGGCUGUGCAAGGAGCGAGCCAGAGCUGCUCGUGUUGAAGACUUUGUGUUUGCUUUGAAAAAGCUACACAAGGAUUUCCUCUGGCCAUUCCCAGUCAUACCGGCUUCAUCCAUUAAUUCACCUUUCAAGAACGGAAAGUACAAGACAGCCAUGGGGGAACAGCUGCUAAAAUCUCAGUCUGCAGACACCUUUGUAACUAUGGAAAUGGACACAGGAGUUUCAAGCACACCUAGGAGUCGCAGCUGGCUUGGCGCUAUGGGCUCCUCUCAGAGAGAAAUUGACACGGCUUCAUCCCAUGGACCACACAUGCAAGAUGCAUUCCUUUCUCCUUUGCUAAGUAAAGUGUUUUUGAUAGGUGACGAAUGCAGCAUUGGCUCAGCAACAGACCUGACUGAAACAAGUUCUAUGGUGGAUGGUGACUGGACCAUGGUGGAUGAGAACUUCUCCAGCCUAAGUCUAACUCAGUCAGAGCUUGAGCAUAUCUCUCUGGAACUGGCCAGUAAAGGGCCACACAAGUCACAAGUCCAGCUGCGGUACUUGCUACAUAUCUUCAUGGAAGCAGGAUGUCUGGACUGGUGUAUCAUCAUAGGUCUUAUCCUCAGAGAAUCUUCAGUAAUCAAUCAAGUUUUCAGUAUAAUGCAAUCCUCCGAUAUUGAUGGAGAAAUCUGUCAGAAUAUCAAGACUGGCCUCAAUGCUGUUGACAAAUGGGCUUCUACAGACUGCCCUGGGUACAAGCCAUUUCUAAAUAUCAUCAAACCACAGAUCCAGAAGCUAAGUGAAAUAGCAGAAGAGCAAGUACAGCCUGAAGCUUUUCAGCCAGUGAAUCCUUCGAAAAUUACAGAACAAGCAAACACCAGAGCUGAGGAAAGCAGGACUUUGAUUAGCCACGGCACUAAUCCUCAGAGUGAUGCUGGCAACAGCAGUGCUAGCAGACAUGAAGAGGACAAGUCCAAGACAGAGGAUGAGGAUUCAUUCCAAGAGGGCAGUUAUGACUGUAUUGUGUCUUAAAUGAAAGAUGAACUACGUCCCAAACAUCAGGUGUGAAAGGAAGCAAACCAGCUCUAGACAUGCUUCCGUGCUUUGGAGUUGAACUUUUUUAUAUUAAUCUUUCAAAUCUAUAUUGGGGAUAAUAUAACUAAGGAGCAGUUUCAUCUAACAACUUCAGAAGAAGGCAAGAUUUUUUUGAUGCAAUCUUCAGACUGCAGCUUUAGGUUUUGAUACUUCGUAGUGCUGAGAGACAGCAAAUAGCUAUGUAUACAGGCUCAGCUAAUGUUCAUCAGUCACUCUACAUCACAGCUUACUUGGGACAAGCUACUAUCUUAUCUCUUGCUUGAGUUUAAAAGGUAAAGUGGAGACUAAAAGUUGUUCUCCUUCCCACCUUGCCUGCCUAAGAAAUGUCUGAUCAAUGCAGAUUGGUUUGAUAUCAAUAUUUUGUAUGAAAGGAGUGUAAAAUAUAUUGUAUGUUUUUGUGAAUACUCUUGUACAAAUAUUCAAGGUUGUACCAUAUUUGAAGGUACCCAUAUGUAUCGCGCAUGUUUCUAGAUUCCUAGUAAAGAUAAAGCAGAGUUGCACUUCUUUCUGGAUGAGGCAUACUUUACUGACCUAGCAGUGACACAAGGUGGCUUAUCUGUUUGUUUUUUUUUUGUUUGUUUUCUUUUGUUUUUUAACUGCCACUUACAGAUCUUAUAGUUGGGUUUAAGGGAUUGCUGAAGGUUAUUUAUUUCAUUGUAAAUUCUUUUCUGAAAAAAAAAUGGAUUUUUAAAAUGUAAAUACUCAUCAUAUAAUCUUGCUAUGAAAAAUUAGUUUAACAGCUCAUACUUAAACAAUUUUCAAACAUUUUAUAAUAUACAUACUUGUAACUAAGACUUAUUUAACUUUCAUACAAUGUUAUGGAAAGCUGGCUGCAAAAGUCUGUUGCUUUGAGGUACCUUAUUUUUUCUAGCUGCUGUCCCUAUGUAAUAACUACCUGUAACAGUAUUAAUUUAGAUAUUAGCUUGUUUGUACUGUGCAAUCUGAACAAAAAUGCAACAUUGCUCAUUUUAUACAAAAUAAACUAGUUUAUUUUUUAUAACAUCACUUGAUUACUGACAUGGACCAAACAAGUCGUCAAAAGGUAGUUACAGCAUCUGUUGCUUCCAUAGCAUAGUUACAAAAUGCAAAUCUAUUUAAACUCUAAAAAUUAACAACAUUCACAAUGAAGUUGAAAUAAAUUGUGGUUUUAUUGUCUAUUUCCUUUGCAGAUAAGAUCAAGUGCUUUAAAAUGUACAAAUAUUAAAUGGUUGCUUUAAAAUGGCUUUAUUAAGCCAAUACAACCAGUACAAGUGCAAUAAUAGUAUUACUUGGAAAGCUGGAGAUUUUGGUGAAUGGAGCUCGAAUCUCCACUUAAGAGUUGAAACUAAUAUCAAAGUUUUACAGCAGAGAAAUCCAGUUUGAGUCCCAGCAUUAAGUUUAGUAUGCAUUAUAGCUACUGGUUACUGAUAAUGUCUGUCAUACUUCCUUCCAAAUUAGUACCUACAAGCCUGUUGUGAUUGGACUUCAGAAUCCAUUGUUUUAAGGGGAUAUUUAGAAAGCUUUUCUAUGGAAAAAAUAUUUAAUCUAUAAGUUUUCAUGUUAAAACAACAAAUAAAAACUGCUUCCAAGUUAAUAUUUUUCAGUGAUUCUGUGGUAAUGCUGUAAGCCCAGCCCAGCCAUCUUUCUGCUGUUCAGGGUUGGAUCUGUACAAGUGAACACAUGCGUUAACUGAUAUACUAAGAUUCUUGGUAUUAAACAUCUUACUACUGUGCUGUUGUUUAGCAGUUAAAUCUUUUUAGUUCUGAAUUUUUAGAAGUUUGUACUUUAGUAGUAAUUAUCUCUAUGCAAAUUAUCUGUGCUAAUUUUGUAUUUCAAUCCCACUGCUGUUGUAAUUAAAAGACAAAUGUAUUCAACCUUA